AUGGCGGCUUCCAUGUACCAGCGGGAUCCCCGUGCGGGCCUCUUCCUUGGCGGUGCGCGUGUGAGCGGCACUGAGGUGCGCGACCAGAACGUGACCGCGUGCCAGACCGUGUCCAACAUUCUCAAGUCGUCGCUUGGUCCUGUCGGUCUCGACAAGAUGCUUGUUGACAACGUCGGUGACGUUACCAUCACCAACGACGGUGCCACCAUUCUCUCGCUUCUGGAGGUGGCUCACCCCGCCGCCCGUAUCCUCGUCUCGCUCGCGACUCAGCAGGACAAGGAGGUCGGUGACGGCACCACCUCGGUUGUCCUCCUCGCCUCUGAGCUCCUCAGGCGAGCAAACGAGCUUGUUCACAACAAGAUCCACCCCACCACCGUCAUUGCCGGCUACCGUCUCGCGUGCAAGGAGGCGUGCCGCUUCAUGGCUGACCAGCUCUCGACCAAGGUUGACAAGCUUGGCCGCGACGCGAUCAUCAACGUUGCCAAGACGUCGAUGAGCUCGAAGAUAAUCUCUGCCGACGACGACCUCUUUGCUCCCAUUGCUGUGGACGCCAUGCUUGCUGUUGCGACUGUCAACGGCCGUGGCGAGAAGAAGUACCCCGUCAAGGCCGUCAACGUCCUCAAGGCCCACGGCAAGAGCGCGCGCGAGUCGUUCAUGGUCAAGGGCUACGCCCUCAACUGCACCGUCGCCAGCCAGGCUAUGAAGACCCGCAUUCAGGGCGCCAAGAUUGCCUGUCUCGACAUCAACCUCGCCAAGCAGCGCAUGCACCUCGGUGUGCACAUUACCAUCGACGACCCGGAGCAGCUCGAGGCUAUCCGUGCGCGCGAGUCGGAGAUUACCCUUGAGCGUGUGCGCAAGAUUCUUGCGUCGGGUGCCAACGUCGUCCUUACAACCAAGGGUAUCGACGACCUGGUGCUGAAGGAGUUUGUUGAGGCCGGUGCCAUGGCUGUCCGUCGUUGCCGCAAGGAGGAUCUGAGGAGGAUUGCCAGGGCGACCGGUGCUACCCUUGUGUCGUCGCUCGCCAACCUCGAGGGCGAGGAGACCUUUGAGGCCUCGAGCCUGGGUUACGCCGAGGAGGUUGUGCAGGAGCGUAUCAGCGACGACGAGCUCAUCCUUGUCCGCGGAACCAAGGUCGUCAACUCGUCGUCGAUCAUCCUGCGCGGUGCCAACGACUACAUGCUCGACGAGAUGGAGCGUUCGCUCCACGACGCCCUCUCCAUCAUCAAGCGUACCCUCGAGUCGGGUUCCGUUGUCCCCGGUGGUGGUGCUGUCGAGACUGCCCUGUCCAUCUACCUCGAGAACUACGCCACCACCCUCGGCUCGCGUGAGCAGCUCGCCAUUGCCGAGUUUGCCGCUGCCCUCCUCACCAUCCCCAAGACCCUUGCCAUGAACGCCGCCAAGGACUCGACCGACCUCGUCGCCAAGCUCCGCGCAUACCACAAUGCCGCCCAGCAGGCCGCCCCCGGUGACCCCAAGCGCGCACUCAUGUUCUACGGCCUGGACCUCCUCCAGGGCGACGUCGUCGACAACCGCGCCGCCGGCGUGCUCGAGCCGACCAUGUCCAAGAUCAAGUCGCUCAAGUCGGCGCUCGAGGCCGCCACCUCGCUCCUCCGCAUCGACGACUCGAUCACCGUCACCCCGGAGCAGAGGGGCGAGGAGGACCCCCACGCGCACAUGUAA